AUGUCUGCUCCCUUCUGCCAUCAAUUUUCCCCGUCGUCAACUGGCCAGGACGGGAGGCGCAGACCCGGCGGUCGACAAAUCGACACUGGUCGCAAAACAUACAAGCUAUGCACCAAGUCGCAAACAAAGAAAAGGGAACCGGUCUGGCCUCCCCUCCUAGAGUCUGCCUUACUCGAAGGUCUUGCGCUCUAUGUGCCAACAUCCACCAAGGAUCCACGCUUACUAUUGCGCUUCCCUCGUCGCAAUGUCUGCAUCUCAAAACACAUCCAAGCGAAGACUGGGAAGUACCGUACACCUAAGCAGGUCGGCAGCCGACUUCAACAACUUCGGGAGACUUGCUGUGAUAAAUAUAUUCUUGAUCUCAUCGGAAGUAAAGAUUUUCAGCGGGAUCGCGGCAGCAGCAGCGAGCGAACCGUCUCCGAAUCCUCGUUUUCAACCUCUUCAUAUGAAGUUGGCCUCGUACAUUCUGAGCCAACAACUCCCACAUCACCUGAUGCGCCGAAGGGACUGUUUCCUGCUUUCUCCACACAAUACACCACCGCAGUAGCUCUUACACUCUACGAAUUCGAUUACAGAACGGCCCAAACUGCCAUGCGCCCUGUUAUCAGCCUGGACCUCGAUGAAACCGCCCUUAGCAUCCCCUCUUCCUCGACUCCAGGGUUCAUUCAUGCCGCCGAAGUUCGAUCCAGUGGGCCGAUUUCACAGUGCUCUCCCGUUAUCAGCUUUACUUCCAACCGGUUUUCGACCGAAGCGCAGUACCGCUGUGUCUCGGACGUGUAUAUCGAUGGAAACCAGGUCUACAGCAUGCCUGCGCACUUGCAGCUGUGUAGCGCCAGCUCGGACGGAAUGAUUGUUUACAAGAUGGAGCUUGGUAACGACGUCUGGGCGAUUCUCACCAGGGACUCUGACGUCUAUUCAUCUUAUACCAUGACGCAGAACAUCUUUACGGUGUCUACUGGAACGAUUCACGACGAGAUUCCUGUGUUCUCUAUCAGCUAUACUCUAGAGCGGGGAUUUAAUGCUCCGGAAUAUGGGUCCACUGAUAUCAUCCAACGUCCCAUUGCCGCCUACGAGACUCAGUGGGCAACAAACGCAUCAUCCGGUGCUCAACCCGACUAUGGAUAUGGCAUCGACCUUUCCCCCGAGUCGCCUUUGGCCUACAGCUUUCCUGAAACUGUGGAUCUGGGUUACCAAGUGCCUCAGGUACCUCAACUCUCGGUCUUCUACCCACCUUCCAACGAAUAUCUCGGCCACCCACAGGAUACUGAGGACUUCCAGUCUUACUAUGAUCCUUCUGGCCCCCUCUGA